GUGACCGCGGCAGGUUGGUCGUGGAGCAGAUGAGCGCAGAAUAUUUAGGCGAAAGCGAGAGGCGGGGGGGCGCGCGGGGCAGGAGGAGUACUUCGGCCAAGAAAAUUAUGCAUGCGUUAGGGAAGCUCUGAGAGAAUGGCUGUGGAAGCUCUCCACUGCGGUUUGAAUCCACGGGGUAUCGAUCACCCUGCCUGUGCUGAAGGUAUUAAACUGCAAAUUGAAGGUGAAGGUGUGGAAUCUCAAUCCAUUAAAAACAAAAAUUUGCAGAAGGUGCCUGACUCGAAAGGAACCCCCAAGCGACUGCAAGCAGAAGCAGACACGGCUAAGUCAGCGACGGUGAAGCUGUCAAAGCCGGUGGCUCUGUGGACCCAGCAGGAUGUCUGCAAAUGGUUGAAGAAACACUGUCCAAAUCAGUAUCAGAUCUACAGUGAGUCAUUCAAACAGCAUGACAUAACUGGGAGAGCCCUCCUGAGACUCACUGACAAAAAGCUUGAGCGAAUGGGGAUUGGCCAGGAGAACCUCCGGCAGCACAUCUUACAGCAGGUGCUCCAGCUGAAGGUGCGAGAAGAAGUCAGAAACCUACAGUUACUCACACAAGCCUCAGCCGAGGGUUCUCCAUAAACACGGUUAGCCUUCCAAGCUGCUGUCCUGCCAGUUGAUCUGAACACGGCCUGUUCCUCCUUGAAAGACUUACUCAUGGCACUGCCAGAAGAUAUCCUUGGAGCACAGACAGAUUAACCGGAUUAACUGAAAAAAAAAAAUUCUGUCGAGAUUAUGGGCUUUGGAAAAAAAAAAAUCUAAGUUUGCUGUGGAUUUUAAAAUGAGGUACAUAGCAUACAGUGACAAUGCGUUCCAAGUGGUCAUUGACAGAUCAUUAGCUGGGAAAUCGCUUCCAGUUCUCAUCACUGUGCAUAACUCAAGUUCCCUUUGGGGAGCUGCCUGUCCCUUCACUAAAAGUCCUGUUUUAGCAUGGCAACUACUGGAUUAUUUUAUUAUGUGUGCAGAUGGCAUGAUGUUGUAGAAAAAAAAUCACAGCAGUUCUGCAGUUGCAGUGAAAGUGUUUGCAAUUGUACGCCCUGGUAGGAAUGUAAACGUUGUCUCCGUGGUGUUAGCUAUGAUGUCCAAAUGUCUUCUGUCUGAGUCCCAAGCACUUUACAUGAGCACACGACACCAAGAUGAGAUAGCACGUUCGGUACAUGUAAGAAAACAAGUAUUCUUCCUUUUAUAAUCUUGUCUUAUUUAUGGCUCAGACUGUCCCCAUUGCUAGCAUAUCCCAAGUUGUUUAUGAUAAACUGGUGUAUAUAUGGCCAUAACACUGUUAGACAUAACCUCUUGGCACUUUACUGAAUAAAUGGAUUAUUUGUAGCACCAGAGAAAGGUGGAUGAGGCCCUGGUGAUUAUAAUACCUUAGGUUUUAUCUCCUUGGGGACCUGGGCACAACUAGCCACCUGCACAUACAGUUUCUUCAGUCCGGGAGGCUUCUUUGUGGCCAGUGAACGUUUUUCCUCAUUCUGAAGAGGAUUUCAUUCAAAGAGAAAAAUGGAGCUGCUGUCUCUUCAGCAAAGACACCAAUGAGAUGAUGGUACAGGCUAAAGGAUGCUCUUUUCCUAUAGAGUAUCACUUAAACUCUUUGAAAAAAAAUUUCUAGGUCAAGUUUAAAUCACAAUUCUCUGAAUAAAAGCUGGAAAAAA